ACCCCGCGGCAAGUGGCGGCCGCUGCAGCGGGAGAAGUUGAGUUUUAUUGUGAGCUUGACGACUGUAAACAACCUUUCAAGUGGUCUUGAAGUUGUUGGAACAACAAUUUGCGUUGUGGAAAUGAGUCCUAAAGGGAUUUAAACAGGGUUAAAGGGGCAAAUGGGCGUCAUUGAUGGUGCAUUUUUGAAGCUGAGAUGAUUUAUUGUGUAGAGCAGCAGGAGAAGGUGAUGAAGGAUCAGUGAUGGCUUCUAAAGUGUGGCAGCAUCCGUAUGUCAACGUAUUCAAGCACGUGAAGCUGGACGAAUGGAGGAAGGCCGGCAAAGAAGGAGACGUCACAACGUAUAUGGACAAGACCAUCAAGUGCACCGUGUUCCGCAUCCGAGGUUCGAUCCUGGCCACCAACUACAUCUUGAUUCCCAAAUCCAGCAGUCAGUCUCUGGGCCUGACGGGACGCUACCUGUACCUGCUGUUCAGGCCCUGUCCCAAUAAACACUUUGUAGUGCACUUGGACGUGGCUGCUGAGGAGGGCCGUGUGAUCCGUGUGUCGUUCUCGAACAUGUUCAAGGAGUUCAAAUCCACAGCGACAUGGCUGCAGUUCCCCUUCGUGUGUUCAGCUGCGCCUGGUUCAGUGUAUGAGACUACAGCCAAGACCUCCAAAGAGGGUCUGGCCGGUCCAGCCCCGGUGGGUGUGCGCUGGACGUGCCUGACGAUGGACCUGCGUUACGUGCUUUCUGUCUACCUGAACCGAACGCACAGCCACUUGAAGAGCGUCAAACUGUGCGCCAACAUGGCGGUCAAAAACUUGGUCACCAGCGACCUGUUGCUAGACCCCGGACUGACGUUUUCGGAGGUCCGGCAGGCGGGCGUGGUGCUGCCCGAGGGCACGGCCCCGAUGCCCAGAGACAUGUGCCUUCCUGUGCCAAAAGGCAGCAGCUGGCAUCAGCUUUACGACUACAUCAGGUUCCCGUCCGAUGGUGUGAAGACGCCGUUUAACUCCAUACAGAAAGAGCAGAGCGCUCAAACCUCGAAUCCACAUGAAACACUGGAUGACAAAAGUCCAUAUCAAGAGAAGAACGUUGGGGUGGCCAUCAGUAAUCCAGUGCAGGACUGCGAUUCCCUCAUCCAGCAGAUCACUGCACCCAAACCUCGUGCUAAGCAUGGGUCCCUGCUGCAUACCUCAAGUCUACCCGAGCUCGCCCCAGCGCCCCCUGGAGACAUAGACAGCUUCGGAUCCACAGGUCGCAGGUCACCGAGCGUGGAGGAGGAGGACGAGGAGCAGGAGGAGGGCAGGGUCGUGUGUGAUGAUGGGGACAGCGUGCACGUGUACGCCCACUAUGAGGGCGAGGACGUGAACGAGGACGUGAACGAGGAUGAGAGCGCACGUUCAACAGACAGCGAUGAAGUGGAAGUGGUCAUCGCAGAUGUUCCUCGUCCCCUUCCUUUGCCUUCAACCAAAGCAGCGAAGCAGCAGAGUGUGAGACGCACGGAAACACAGAUGCUGCACCCAGACCCUAUAUUAAAGCUGAGCAGAAUCAUUGGUUUUGGUGGAGCAACGGUGAGACAUGUGAUGUGGGCUCGUGAUGGAGAGGACGUGGUGUAUCCGUGUCACGCCAUCAUCAUCAGUAUGAAUGUGUCGUCUGGCCAACAGCGCUUUUUUAUCGGACACACCGACAAAGUGUCGGCUUUGGCUUUGGACUCCGGCUCGUCUCUGUUGGCGUCGGCUCAGACGGGGACACACUGCCUGCUCCGGCUCUGGAGUUACAGCACGGGAGAGGCGCUAACCGUUAUUAAAACACACACACACUCGCUGCAUUCACUCAGCUUGUCCUGUACCGCCAGGGUCCUGUGCGGAGUCGGCAGAGACGGCCAUAACAAAACUACGGUUGUGGUGUGGGACACGCAGCACGUUCUCAAAGGUGGCUUCGUCACGGUUCUGGCUAAAGCUCACACAGACGUCGACAUCCAGACCAUGAAGAUAGCGUUUUUUGAAGACACACGCAUGGUAUCGUGCGGCGUGGGCAACGUGCGCUUGUGGCGCGUGCGCGGACGCUCGUUGUGCUCGUGCCCCGUUGACCUCGGACAAUAUCACGGCCUGGAGUUCACCGACCUCGCCUUUGAGUCAGGACAUGACUCCGGACACGCCCCAGGACGCCGGCCAGACGAGCGCACCCUCUUCGUCAGCAGCCGCAGCGGCCACAUCCUGGAGAUUGACUACGCCACAGUGACGAUUCAGAACAUCAGGAGGAUACUCCAAUCGUCACAAAGCCACGCCCACCGCAGAGAGAAGCAGACUUUUGGGACGGGACCAGGUAUCGCAGUGAACAGUAUCAGCGUGUGCAGCGCGUUUUGUGCGACCGGAUCGGACGACGGCUUCCUGCGUCUCUGGCCCCCCGAUUUUUCCUCUGUUUUGCUCGAAGCGGAACACGAAGGCCCGGUUAGCCUUGUCUGUGUCUCGUCUGAUGGUCUGAGUCUGGCGGCAACGACAUCAGGAAACCUGGGCUACCUGGAUGUGAGAAGUCGCGCUUACAGGACGCUGAUGAGGUCCCACACAGACUCGGUCCUGGGGUUCAGCGUAGACGCGUCCCGGCGCCGGGUAACCACAGCGUCUCGAGACGGCACAGUCCGCAUCUGGGACGCAGACUCGUCUCAGCAGAUGUACGAUUUUGUCUCUGACGAUUGCAACGACACGCCGUCUUCGGUUGCAUUUCAUCCCAGGACUCAGGUCUUCGCCUGCGGUUCCAGUUCUGGGACCGUCAGAGUGUUCGACAUCCCGACUUCCAACUUACUAGCAGAGCACAAACAGCACCGGGGCGAGGUGGUGGGCCUGGCGUUUGCCCCAUCUGGUGAAUACCUGUACAGCGCUGGCUCUCGGGGGUACCUCGCGCUCUAUAGCGCCUCCCAGCCGGAAUACAACGUUCUCCGUGUGCAAGGUAACAUGGUCGUCCGAGGUUCGGAUCGAGGCCCGGACGCUUUGGCCGUGAGUCCGGAUAGUAAACGCCUGGCGUUUGUCGGCCCCACAGAACACACCGUAACCGUCACGGAUGCGCGCACUCUCGACAAGUUGCUACGCGUGGACGUGAGCGUGCUGGACAUCCAGAGCGUCACCCUGGACUCGGCGUUAAAAGUGCGUUUUUCGCCGUCCCACUUGUCCCACCUGCUUAUCACAACUUCGGCUAAUAAGAUCCUGUGGAUCAGCGGUAACACGGGACGGCUGCUGAGAGAGGUUUCACACGUGCACAAGGACCGGUGCACUUCUUUGUCUGUCAGUGAAGACGGGCGCUACCUGCUCACGGCCGGACACCACGCAGUGAAGGUCUGGGACUACGACAUGAAACUGGACAUCAAGUCGCAGGUUUUUAUAGGUCACUCUGAGCCCAUCAGACAGGUAAGCUUCACCCCUGACCAGAUGGGCGUGGUUUCAGUGGGAGACGCCAUUUUUUUCUGGGAUUUCCUGGGUUAUCCGCGGGAAGCGGCUGGAUCACCAGGAUCCAAAGGGAAAUCCCGAAAGAUCUCGCCUCCUAAAGCAGCACCUGUGAGACCCCUCGAGACGCAGUCAAACAGACGGUCGUCCAGCGGGAUGCCUCGACAGGCCGCGCCUCGUCCCUCUUCACCUCCACCCGUCUUAAACAAGGCUGUUGGAGAGCAGCCAGAGUGCGAGGACUCGUCCUUCCUUUCAGUCGGUGAUUACGAUGAUGUGCAACCCAAGCGGCCCCCUGCCUCUAGACACGCCUCCUUUCUGCGAGUCACGAAAAGGGGCGACUCUGCGAAUAUGGUAACCGCUCCCGUCGACCGGAACUCAGUGGAGGAAAACAGAGUGGAGAAGAAGCCAAGUCGUCCAGACUGCUACAAACAUUUUACACCUCGCUACACGACGUCUGGACCCGACCCGAGUGCUGUAACUCCUCCUCUUGGACAAGAAAGCCUGAGCCUCAAGGCUGUGAUUGGUUACAAUGGAAAUGGGCGGAGCAACGUGGUCUGGAAUCCAGAUACAGGUCUCUUCGUGUACUCCUGUGGGUGUGUGGUGGUGGUGGAGAACCUCCACAACGGUUCUCAGAGACACUGGCUCGGCCACAGCGAAGAAAUCUCCACACUGGCCGCGACGCAUGACGCACAGACAGUGGUGUCUGCAUCUGGAGGUGGAGCGUCGUCCAAGAGCCUCAUUUGCAUAUGGAACGUCCAAGACGGCUCGCGCAGAAAUAGCAUUCUGUACCACAAGGGAACGGUGCAGAGUCUGGCUUUCUCCAGAGACGACCUCUACUUCCUGUCCGUAGGAGGUUUCGAGGAGUCGACUGUUGCGCUGUGGAGCACGCACUCGUUUGAGCUUGUGGGUUCGGUCAGCGCCGUUGUGCCCCUGCACGAGGCGGCGUUUUGCCCCAGCAGUGCCGCUCAGCUGGCCUACGUCGGCUCCAGCACCGUCUUUUUCUGCUAUCUACAUACACACGGCCGUGGGGCGGAGCUACAGGUCCGAGCCGCGGGUUUGCCUGAGGAGAUCGGCGAGGCCGAGGUCACGUCGCUGUGUUACAACGCUAACCUCAUCUUGUACACCGGAACGAACAGCGGGCGCGUGUGCGUGUGGGACUGCAGCACACACCGCUGCUUCAUGACCUGGGAGGCUGAUGAUGGUGAAAUCGGUGUGCUGGUGUGUCGUGGUAACAGGCUGCUCACUGGCAGUAACAGUAAGAAGGUAAAACUCUGGGCAGUGGCUGAGGUGCAGAGUCUCAGACCUUCAAACCUCAGGACCAGCAGCCAGGAACGCUCUCGGGUGCUACUAGAGCAGGAGAUGGUGCUGGACGGUACGGUGGUCAGCGCAGUGUUCGAUGAUGUCAUGGACAUGGGCAUUGUGGGUACGACUGCAGGAACGCUGUGGUACAUAAACUGGACAGACAACACCAGUAUACGCUUAAUCAGCGGCCAUACGAGCAAGGUGAACGGUGUGGUGUGUAGUCCAGAUGAGCAUCACUUUGUCACUUGUGGGGCGGAUGGGAGUGUCAGAGUGUGGGCGUUGCCUAGCAACGAGCUGCUAGUUCAGUUUCAGGUGCUCAACCAGAGCUGCGAGUGUGUGUGUUGGAGUCCGGCUGCAGGAGUGUGUGAGCGCGACGCCGCCCACCGUGUGUCCGGAGGCUACAGCGACGGCUCCGUGCGAAUCUUCUGCGUAGCGUCGGCCGAGAUGGUGCUCAAGCUGCAGCCUCAUGGCGGCGCCGUGAGCGCACUGCAGUACUCGCUCCACGGUCAGGUGCUGCUUUCUGGAGGACGAGACGGCAUCAUCGUGGUGAGCAGCCCAUCCACGGGGGCCUCCCUCCGCAUCAUCGGCGACCACAAGGGGGCACCGAUCAACGCUCUAGAGUGCACCGGGAAACAGUAUAAGGAGUACGGUCUGGAGGGAGACGAGCUCUGGCUGGCCGUCAGCGCAGACCGCCGAGUCAGCGUCUGGGCCGCCGAUUGGACGAAGGACAAGUGCGAGCUCCUGGAUUGGCUGACAUUUCCGGCCCCCGCCCCUCCUCAGGACGCAGCAAGCUUGCCACCCAGCCAGGCAGCGUUCAGCACCACGGAGAGGGGGAUUGUGGUGUACACGGGGUAUGCUGCUCAGAAGGAGCUCAUCUUCUAUUGCCUAAAAAAGAAACAGGUGAUGAGGACGGUGUCUCUUACUGACUGGGCUCUGUCUCUCAGUCUGUCCUCCAGAGGAUGCCUGCUUGCCGUCGGAUCGCACCAGCGCGUUCUGAAGUUGAUCGACUGCUCCAGCGGACGUUUUCAGGACUUCACGUGCCACAGCGACUCGGUUCACCGAUGCAGCUUCAGCCAGUCAGGAGCACAUCUGUUCACGACUGCACAAGGAGAGGUGUUCCUGUGGAGCCUGAGAGGCCUGUGACUGACACACACACACACACACACACACACACACACACACGCACACACACACACACAGAGUAGUUAUUUGUGAACCUGCGACUUUCUCUGUGUCCUGCUGCAGUUGUAAACGCUUUUAUAUGGUUUUAAAUAAACGUCAUCAAAACAGAAAAA